AUGGGAGAAGAUACAGCAGAGGAAACAAUCAAGCUAGGUGAAGAUAAAGUCCCAAAAGUGAGGGAAUUUAUAUAUUUAGGGUCUACAGUCCAGGAAGAUGCCGGUUCAGACAGGAAGAUCAACUUUACAGGAAGGUUAAUCAAGAGGAAUAGUUGGAGGAAAGUCACUGGAAUUGUGUGCGACAGGCGGGUGGCAGAAAAAGUAAAAGGCAAGAUGCACAAUGUGAUGGUGAGACCAGCAAUGUUAUAUGGACUGGAAGCAACAUCCUUGACAAAAGCACAUAAACGAAAGCUGGAGGUGGCAGAGAUGAAAAUGCUGAGAGGGGUCUGGGUCUAA